AUGGUCGUACGGUGGCCUGAGGCUGGAGCAUCCAUUUCACGAACUGGUGAAGGGCAUCCGGGUAAGGUGGGUUGGGACCCACUGGCCACUUUACUUGGGCAUUUACAAUCGCCAGCUGUAAGCUGCCUCCAGAUUCUUCGAGCGCGUACUCAAAAGGAGAUUCACCGUACCUUCAGAAAAAGUAUCAGCAGAUUAGGCUCCCCAAUGACCAGAUAUCAGUUCUCUCGUCGAUGUCCGCAUGACUUGGGCAAUCCCAUAAUUCAGGAGCACGGAAAGGAGCAGAGCAGACGAGCACUUCCAAAGUCCAUCAAUAUAGCUAAA